CAGGCGUUAACUCCAGGCCGUAGCAAGAUGGCGUCCCUGGAUCGGGUGAAAGUACUGGUAUUGGGAGACUCAGGUGUUGGGAAAUCUUCACUGGUUCAUCUUCUGUGUCAGAAUCAAGUACUGGGAAAUCCGUCAUGGACUGUGGGCUGCUCAGUAGAUGUCAGAGUUCAUGACUACAAAGAAGGAACCCCAGAAGAGAAGACCUACUAUAUAGAAUUAUGGGAUGUUGGCGGCUCUGUGGGCAGUGCCAGCAGUGUGAAAAGCACCAGAGCAGUGUUCUACAACUCUGUAAAUGGUAUUAUUUUGGUACAUGACUUAACAAAUAAGAAGUCAUCCCAAAACUUGUAUCGUUGGUCAUUGGAAGCUCUCAACAGGGACUUGGUGCCAAGUGGAGUAUUGGUAACAAAUGGGGAUUAUGACCGGGAACAGUUUGCUGAUAACCAGAUCCCACUGUUGGUAAUAGGGACUAAACUGGAUCAGAUUCAUGAAACCAAGCGCCACGAAGUUUUAACCAGAACUGCUUUCCUGGCUGAGGAUUUCAAUGCAGAAGAAAUUAAUUUGGAUUGCACGAAUCCACGGUACUUAGCUGCAGGUUCUUCCAAUGCUGUCAAGCUCAGUAGGUUUUUUGAUAAGGUCAUAGAGAAGAGAUACUUUCUGAGAGAAGGUAAUCAGAUUCCUGGCUUUCCUGAUCGGAAAAGGUUUGGGGGAGGAACAUUAAAGAGCCUUCAUUACGACUGAAUCGCACUCAUCGUCUGGAAGAGUGAGCAAGCCGUGGCAGUCGUGCAUAGCCUUCUUCUUGCCAUGUUGAUGAUUAUUGUUGCAGCCUUUUCACAGAAUCAUCUUAAAAGGCCACCCUUCAGCCCCACCUUUCAAUGGAAAGCUGAAAGGAAGUGACCAUGUGGGAGGUCCAAACUUUGUCCCUGUCCUCUCUGUUCCUCACCUUUCUGUCCCUGUUUCUAGAUUAUGUAAAAGCCCUGUGGAAAUAGGAGAUGUUGUCAAAGUGAUGCAGUAAAUGAGCAGUGACAGAGUGCUGCAGAGAAAAUUUACUCUUCCCAGAACUGGAAGGUUUUUAUAGGUCUGUAAUUUUCCCCACACUCCUUGCUGGAGGCUUAAUUAAGUACUUCAGAAAUUUAUCUCUGUUGUGUGACCCUCUUGAGGGGAAAGGUUAUGUUAACCAGCCCUGGGUCAUGCAACGCAAACAGUCUCUGUCAUUUUCAAAGAAGCAAAAUGGUGUUAUUUAAUUGUGGCCCCUCUCAUCACACACAGGGAUGCCUAAGAAUAGCAGCCCUAGUCUCCCUCUCCUAUGCUUUGCAAGUGGUUUGGUGGCUAGAAGAGGCCGACUCAGAGCUGGAGUUAAAUAUAAAUAGAUUAAUAAUACAUAGAGAAUGGCAGUACCAGAAAAGAAGAAUUCUCCGAGAGAUGGACAGCUCACUCACUAAAUCCUUCACUCUAGGUUCCAGAUGUCUGCACUGUCUUAUUGUGUUCUAUUUGGAAAUAGGUGGGGUGAGAUCUCAGACCUGUAUGAGGGCACCAAAAGAGAAUUACGGCCUCUUUGGUUUCUGUGUUUUGUUUUUUUUGUUUUGUUUUGUUUUUUUUUAAGGAAAGUCAGCUCCUGAAAUGCCUCUUAACUGUAGUCAGUAAACUAAGAAUUUUAUUCUCUGUGUCAACAAUGUAUUUAUGGAGAGAAGUAAAAAUAAGUUCCACAGCAACACAUUUACAUGAAUUAUGGACUAGGAUUCUUAGAUUUCAUAAUCCAACGUUUUUUGAGGGUGGUGGUGUAUAUGUGCGUAUGCAUAAUUGUUCAUCGUUACUUUUUUUAACCCAUCUUUUCUGCUUGUUUAAUUCUCUCUGCCCUGGUUCUUUAAUAUAUAGACCUCGUUUCCAAAAA